ACGUGGAUCGGUGGCAUCGCGGGAGGAUAAGAGUGCCUUCCUUGAUCCAACAGUGGAUAGAUCGUGUUCGUGUCCAGAGAUCGAGGUGGCCGAGGGCUCAUUUAGCAGAGUUGGCUUCGUAAUAAAAAAUAUUGUCUGAAAAAUAUAUAUAUAUGCACAGGAAAUCUAUUUCAAUCCAAAAUAUGCUGUCUCCAUAGCGAUGAAUGUGCGUGCAAAAUAUACACUGAUCAACAUUGGAAAUUUGACAGCGUGGGAAGUGGGGCUGAAAGCCCCCCCCUCCCCCCCGUAGAUUCCAGCCGAUGUUUUGUAGUGAGCAUCGGGACGACGACGGCGAGAGAGAGAGAGAGCGUUGAUGAGUUCCUGCGAGAGGCUGGCGAGGGGGGCCUUUGCGGGUCUCAAGCUCCCUGAGAGAGGUCACGACACGUGUGCAGAUUGCCGAGGGGAUGCUGGCGAGUGGGGGGCCGAGUUUUGGCAGGAGUCGCGGUGUCCCGGGGCUGACGCUGCUGCCGCUGCUGCUGCCGCUGCUUCUGGCGCUCAUCACCCGCCCGGACGUGGUCGCCUCGGUGCGGACUGGCGCCGCCGCCGUCGACGAUGGGUGCACUCGCAACGGCGUGGUGGCUGUGCACCUGGUGCCCCAGGACACGGACCCGGCAGUAAAUCCAGGUCCCGACAGGCUGUUCCGGUGGAGAUGCACGGUCGACAGGGAGGCGGAAGCCCCUUGCCGGAUUGAGUUGGUCAACAACAGCAAGAUGAGGAUCAUCUGCCCUGGGAUGUACUUCGUGUACAGCCAGAUCGCUUACAAGACGAACAGGUCGGUGGCGAUGAUCGGUCACAGCACCGUGAAGUUCAAGCGGCACUUCAGCAGCGUCCGCGGGGAAGUCCGCAAGGCGAGUGUGCUCAUGGCGAGCACCCUCGUCAGGAGCUCCGGCGCGGGCUGCCAGGUGGAGGGGUCUCCGUGUGGCUGCUUCGAGACCAGCUACCACGGGGGGGUCUUCUUCUUAGCCAAGGAUGAGGAGGUGGCUGUGAGGCCGUUCGACGCCUACAUGAACACCGCGGACUUCUGCCUGGGACACAACGAGCGUUCUUCAUUGCAAGGCCCGCGAGUCACUGGCGGCCCCCUGGUGGCCUUGAGUGCGGCCCCUGACGUCAGCCCCCCGACAAGACACAGCGAGUGAGAACACCCCCCACCAUCAGCGUGCUGUCAGAAACCCAACAAUGGUUUCAAAUGAGUGGCGGGCCUGACACUGAUGAUGUCUUACCGGCGAAAGUGUCCCCCCCCCCCCCCCCCCACUGAACAUGAGUGAAGAGCACUGCUCUAUAGUACCGUGAGACACGGCCUUAAAGGAGGCCGUCUCUGGUGUUGGCCAAUCAAAAUCAGCCUCAAGCGCAAUACGGCACGGACAUUAGCCCGCAUCUCCGAUUCGCACGGUUGGACUACAUUUUAAACCUACGUGAAAGCAUGUUUGUUUGCAUGUUUUACCACAAGUGUGUGUGCUUAAUGCAGACUUGAUGCCUUCUAAAGGUGCCUAUUUGGUGUUUUAACAUCUUAGCACCACCUCGCGGUGGCUGGGAGAUGUUAACUCCCUCUCCCGAUAUACAGGAGGCCAUGGGUUCGAUCACGACCCUGACGCCUGCUGCAUAUUUGGAGUUUGUGCGUUCUCCCCGUGGUCAUCCGGUUUUCCCUCCACAUUUAGUAACAUUCGUCUCGAGUAUUUGGCUGAUAUAAAUUUCCACUUGAUAAAAAGCCACUUCGUUGAGCUGUCGUUGGUGGCCAGGUCGCUUCUGAAAAGUAGCUACAUAGCUCAGUGCGACUUACCUGGUAAAAUAAAAAAAAAUAGUUGUAAAGUUUAAUAUUUUUCUCAUCUUCCCGAGUUAUUUAAAUUCCUGGAGUUUCUCAGUUAUGUAACAGUAGUACUGGAGUAGCAGUAGUGCUGUUACAUAACUGACCACUCUCACAGUGACCACCACAUUGCUGGUGGUGUCAAACACUUUGGCUUUAUCCCUGAUAAGACGCUUGGGAAAGGAAGAUGCACUCCAGGCUUUGUGCCCAGUGUUAAUAAACAUUUUGCAAAUACAAAGACAACGAUCCCCCGUAUAGCCUUAACAGACUGUUGGGGCAAGUGCUGUUAGCGAGUAGCACCUACGAAGGGUGGCAUCCCACCCUAAUGAGGGGGUGCGGUGGUCAACACCACGCCCGGCCGCCUUUGUCUUCCCAGUGGUGAUUUUUAUUUUUUUUACACAUCGCACUACGUACUCAUUUGAGGCCGAGACGACCUCGGGGAGGCCCAUGACCGGUUCAGAUAAUCGUCACCGUAGCGGGAUGUGGCACAUUAGGAAUGGACCACUCCUUUAAUUAUGUCCUUGUGCAGCAGCAAGGGAGUAAAGUGUGGUUCUGUGAUGUGCUGCGCAGUGCAUCAAUGCAUGUUGUGUCCAGCAGCAUGUGAUGACUGAGUUAGGCCUGUAGGUGGCUGGCAGGGUUAUUGAAUAACCGCACUAGUACACCAGUCACGUGGUUAAUGGCGACUCGGUUGAAGAAUUGCUGUGUGUGAGACACGUGCUGUUGCAUCUUACAGAUUGACCACAAUAAAUGUGUUUGCCCUCGAUUUGGAGCACCUGCCCACGUCCUUCAUUUCGAGUGUGCCAACAGGGAUAUCGAACUCGGGUCAACGCGUUCGCACACCGCGUCAACCCACACGGCUGACUCCGUAAUCUUGUACAGGGACAUUGAGUUUCCAGGUCCG